GGCCCUGGCAGCCCUGACAGCCUCGGCCCGGGGCCAUUUGUGACUGACACCCACCUCCAGCUUUGACUUCUUGGGCGGGCAUUAACCCGGGCCAAGGGCGCCGAUGCGCGCUCGGAAAAGCGGCUUUCCGAGAGUGCUGGCACAGCGGAGGGCACCGAGGUGCGGGGAUAGCAGGUUUUCACGGCGCGGCCGGGUAGGAUCCGAAGGGGGCGUGUGCGCCUGUGAGGCCCACGACGGGCCUGCCUCGGCACGGUGGCUCUCCGCGCCCGAGCCGGCGCACGCUUGGCGCGCCUGGAAUCCAUCGCAAAGGCUUUACAUUCCUUCCCGCCGCUGUGGGGCCGCCCCGGCAGAGUCCGCCCAGACGGUGAUUAACUCAGGGAAUGUCCGCAGAUGAAAUCCGCGUUGAACUGAGUCCUGCCUGGCUGGUUUCUUCCCUCUGGGACUGAAUGCCAUGGAGGCUGGGCGACGAGAUGGCCACCGGCCGCACCCCGCACUCCCAGCUCUGGAGAGCGGCAGGCCUGGGGCUGGGGGUGUGGCUCCGGGAUGGUUGCUCUGCCACCGUGCCAAGGCCAACCCCAGGUAGGACGCUGGAGCCGGCGGUGUGGCCGUCAGGGUUUCUUGUCUGAGCCCUGGUUUGGAGGUGCUCUGGAGCCAGGUGCCACUGGCCUUCAUCCAGGAAGGCGUGUGCGAGCCACAGAAUCAUGAGGACACUCGAAGACUCCUCUGGGACAGUUCUGCACCGCCUCAUCCAGGAGCAGCUGCGCUACGGCAACCUGACAGAGACGCGCACGCUGCUGGCCAUCCAGCAGCAGGCCCUGAGGGGUGGGGCCGGGGCUGGAGCCCCGGGGAGCCCCCAGGCUUCCCUGGACAUCUUGGCACCUGAGGACAGUCAGGUGCUACAACAGGCCACGAGGCAGGAGCCUCAGGGCCAGGAGCAUCAGGUUGGUGAGAGCCACCUGGCGGAGAGCACCCUCCACCGGCUGUGCCCACAGCCCAGCAAGGGCGAGGAGUUGCCCACCUAUGAAGAGGCCAAGGCCCAUUCGCAGUACUACGCGGCCCAGCAGGCAGCGCCCCGGGAUCCCCGCGGUGCCCCAGGAGGCAGCAGGCGGCAGGACGAGGCCCUGCGGGAGCUGAGGCACGGUCAUGUGCGCUCGCUGAGUGAACGGCUCCUGCAGCUGUCGCUGGAGAGGAACGGUGCCCGCGUCCCCGGCCACAUGAGCUCCUCGCACAGCUUCCCGCAGCUGGCCCGCAGCCAGCAGGGACUCCCAGCCAGGGCCCCCCUUCCUGAGGGCCCCGAGCCCCGCGGGCCCCCCCCUCAGUACCCGCACCACGUCGUGUUAGCUCACGAGACCGCCACUGCCGUGGCUGAGCCUCGAUACCGCGCCCGUGGCAGCCCACACCAGCAGCAUGCUGAAGUCAGGAUCCUGCAGGCCCAGGUACCGCCCCUGUUCCUCCAGCAGCAGUACCAGUACCUACAGCAGCCCCAGGAGCACACCCCACCCCCACACCUCACCACUCUCAGCCAUGGCCCCCCUGGCGGGCUGGAGGGGCCGCCAAGUGCCCAGGCCUCCUCGGGAAGCGCCCACCUGGCCCAGAUGGAGAGUGUGUUGCGGGAGAAUGCCAGGCUGCAGAGGGACAACGAGCAGCUGCAGCGGGAGUUGGAGAACUCAGCUGAGAAGGCUGCCCGAAUUGAGAAGCUGGAGAGUGAGAUCCAGAGGCUGUCCGAGGCCCAUGAGAGCCUGACCAGGGCCUCUUCCAAACGGGAGGCCCUGGAGAAGACCAUGCGCAACAAGAUGGACAGCGAAAUGAGGAGACUGCAGGACUUCAACCGGGACCUGAGAGAGAGACUGGAAUCUGCCAACCAUCGCCUGGCCAGCAGGACCCAGGAGGCCCAGGCGGGCAGUCAGGACAUGGUGGCCAAGCUGCUUGCUCAGAGCUACGAGCAGCAACAGGAACAGGAGAAGGCGGAGCGGGAGACAGCGCUGCUGCGCGGCGCCAUGGAGGACCAGCGGCGGCGGGCGGAGCUGCUGGAGCAGGCGCUGGGCAACGCUCAGGCCCGGGCGGCCCGCGCUGAGGACGAGCUGCGCAAGAAGCAGGCGUACGUGGACAAGGUGGAGCGACUGCAGCAGGCGCUGGGGCAGCUGCAGGCGGCCUGCGAGAAGCGCGAGCAGCUGGAGCUGAGGCUGCGCACACGCCUGGAGCAGGAACUCAAGGCGCUGCGCGCGCAGCAGAGACAAGCAGGCACCUCCAGCAGUGGCAGUGGUGGCACUGGGGCCCCAGAGCUCAGUGCCCUGCGGCUGUCGGAGCAGCUGCGGGAGAAAGAGGAGCAGAUCUUGGCACUGGAGGCCGACAUGACCAAGUGGGAACAGAAGUUUCUGGAGGAGCGGGCUAUGAGGCAAUUUGCCAUGGACGCAGCCGCGACAGCCGCCGCCCAGCGUGAUACUACUCUCAUCCGGCACUCCCCACAGCCCUCACCCAGCAGCAGCUUCAACGAAGGCCUGCUCGCCGGUGGCCACAGGCAUCAGCAGAUGGAAAGCAGGUUGAAAGUGCUCCACGCCCAGAUCCUGGAGAAAGACGCUGUCAUCAAAGUCCUGCAGCAACGCUCCAGGAGAGAACCCGGCAAGGCCACCCCGGGCUCCCUGCGGCCUGCCAAGUCCGUGCCGUCCAUCUUCGCGGCUGCGGCCACAGGGACCAUGGGCUGGCCGGGGCUCUCGCCUAGCGAGCAGCCAGCAGAUGUCCCCGCCAGGCUGGCUACAGCAGAUAGGCCACCUGUGGAGGAGCUGGUGGCUGCCUCUCCCCUCCCUACCCACGCCAAACAUGGGAGCAAGGAUGGGUGCACCCAGACGGACAGCCUGCUGGACAACACCCCUGCCUGCCCAACACCGGAGCCCGACAGCCUGGUGGGGUGCGGCAGCGGCCAGAAGGCAGCCUCUUUAGACGCUGUGGCUGCAUCCAGAGGUCAGGACCUGUGUGACAUGGUGGAGAUACUGAUCUGAAGGAAGUGGUGUUUCAGGGGACCCUGAGCCGCGUCCCCCACCCCUCCUCUGCUCUCUGCGGUUCUCACCAUUCCAGCAGCCCCCUUCACUGUCGCUCCCCUCCAGCCGUCAUC